AAGACGUAGGACAAGGCAAAAAUAUACCUUGAUCUCAGAGUACUAGUUCACGUGUUGUCGUGCAUGCGUCACGUUCCUCCCAAUUUUUGUGACUUGUCGCUUUAUUUUGUGUCAGAAUCAUGCCUAUGGCACGUGUCAAUGCCAUUCGUAGCACUUUCUCUAAAUACCCCAACUACGCAAUUAUUGCAUUUCAUUUUUCUUUUUUGUUGAUUUUUUUUUCUUCAAUUUUGUAGAAAUGGCUCCUCCCAGUUUACAUGAAACAGUGAAAGUGGUAGAGAAAAUGGUAACUAGAAGAGUGGAUCUUCGAUCGGACACAGUGACGAAGCCAACUGAGUCAAUGAGGGCUGCUAUGGCAAGUGCUGAAGUUGAUGACGAUGUUCUUGGCUAUGAUCCGACGGCUUUACUCUUAGAGACCGAGAUGGCGAAGAUAAUGGGAAAGGAGGCAGCUCUUUUUGUUCCAUCAGGGACUAUGGGUAACCUUAUUGCUGUACUCGUUCAUUGCGAGGUUAGGGGAAGUGAAGUUAUUCUUGGAGACACUUGCCAUAUCAAUAUUUUCGAGAAUGGUGGUAUUUCGACCAUUGGAGGAGUGCAUUCGAGACAGAUUAAGAAUAACGAUGAUGGAACAAUCGACAUUGAUUUGAUUGAGGCUGCUAUUAGAGAUCCAAGGGGGGAGCUAAUGUUUCCAACAACUACGCUUAUUUGCUUGGAAAACAGCCACGCAAACUCGGGUGGAAGAUGUCUGUCUGUUGAAUACACUGAUAGAGUUGGAGAGGUUGCUAAGAAGCAUGGAUUGAAGCUUCACAUAGAUGGAGCCCGAAUUUUUAAUGCAUCAGUUGCACUAGGAGUUCCUGUGGAUAGGCUUGUCGAAGCAGCUGAUUCGGUUUCCGUUUGCCUAUCUAAAGGUAUAGGUGCUCCAGUUGGAUCUGUUAUUGUUGGUUCCAAGAACUUCAUCGCUAAGGCUAAGCGACUCCGGAAAACCUUAGGUGGUGGAAUGAGACAGAUCGGCAUCCUUUGUGCUGCUGCACUUGUUGCCUUAAAGGAAAAUGUUGGAAAACUGGAAAGUGAUCACAAGAAAACUAGGCUUUUGGCUGAUGGAUUGCAUGAAAUUAAAGGGCUCAAAAUUAAUCCUGGAUCUGUGGAGACCAAUAUAAUAUUUAUUGACAUUGUGGAUGGUUCAAGGACUACAACCGAAAAGAUAAUCAAAUAUUUGGAAGAACGCGGUAUACUUCUGAUGCGUGACAAACCAUCAAGGCUGCGAGUUGUUCUCCACCACCAAAUUUCAGCAAGUGAUGUGCAGUACACUUUGUCAUGCUUUCAGCAAGCGGUUCAAAUUGAAAAUGGCAACUAGUGGAAGAAUAGCACUUUGCUGCAGUAUUAUUGGUCUAUCCAAGGGGAAAUUGGAAUUUUAAUUUGUCUUUAUUUUAUUUGGAUUUGAAUGUUUGAUGAUGGCACUUGUUAUGAAUAAUUUUCAAUUUAAUCACGAGUUUCUAUAUCGUCCCGUGGCUUGUGGGCCAUGGUUAAUGUCCAAUAAUUGAGAAAAUGUUCAUUA